CUAAGCAUCGAUCAUCACAAUACCAUUUCUCCUUUUUUGAGUUUCUCUUAACUAAUUAGCCCUAUUACUUCAUUCCUUUUUUUUAAGCGUCUGCUUUUCUAAUGGCAGAUACGAGUGGUUCAGCCACUAGUAAGAGAAUGGGGUUUGCUAUGCCUGAGAAAAUGCAACUGCACUUGGCCAUGUUGGCCUUGCAGUUUGGUUAUGCUGGUUUUCAUGUUGUCUCUAGAGCUGCCCUUAAUAUGGGCAUUAGCAAGAUUGUCUUCCCUGUUUAUAGAAACAUUCUUGCUUUGCUUCUACUUCUUCCCUUUGCCUAUUUUCUUGAAAAGAAAGACAGGCCAGCUCUUACUUGGAAUUUUGUACUUCAAUUCUUCUUCCUAGCAGUUGUUGGAAUUACUGCAAACCAGGGAUUCUACUUGUUGGGAUUGGACAACACGUCCCCUACCUUUGCUUCUGCCAUACAAAAUUCUGUCCCUGCCAUUACCUUUCUCAUGGCUGCACUACUCAGGAUUGAAACUGUGAGACUGAACAGAAAAGAUGGUAUAUCAAAAGUGUGUGGAACAUUAUUGUGCGUAGCUGGAGCUUCAGUAAUUACUCUAUACAAAGGUCCAACAAUUUACAGUCCAUCUCCACCAUUACAAAGGACCUCAGUACCCAUGUUGAUGAAUUUAGGAGAUGCUAAUGGAAAAAGCUGGACUUUGGGUUGCGUUUACUUGAUCGGGCAUUGUUUGUCAUGGGCCGGGUGGCUCGUUUUACAGGCACCGGUUCUGAAAAAAUACCCGGCCCGACUUUCAGUCACAUCGUAUCAGUGUUUCUUUGGAGUCAUACAAUUCCUUAUAAUUGCAGCUUUUUGUGAGAGAGACCCUAAUGCUUGGCUUGUUCACUCUGGUGGCGAACUCUUUAGUGUCUUUUAUGCUGGAGUGGUGGCCUCAGGGAUAGCAUUCGCUGUACAGAUAUGGUGCAUUGACAGAGGUGGCCCAGUUUUUGUUGCCGUUUAUCAACCUGUUCAGACUCUUGUAGUUGCUAUUAUGGCUUCCGUCGCUUUGGGCGAAGAAUUCUACUUGGGAGGGAUCAUUGGAGCAGUGUUAAUCAUAACAGGAUUGUACUUCGUGCUAUGGGGCAAAAAUGAAGAAUCCAAGUUUGCAAAGGCAGCAGCUGCUGCAAUUCAGUCCCCAGUGGAUCAUUGUAACAACAGGCCAACUAGCCACAUCAAAUCCUCUUUGGCUCAGCCACUGCUUGCUUCUUCAACUGAAAAUGCUUAAAAAAAAGUUUGCUGGAAACCAGGAAAAAAGAAUCUGCUAUCUACAUAUUAAGAAGGGGAAAAAAAAAAGAAAAAAAAAAAGAAGCUUUGGUGUGUUUAUGCAAGUUUUGUUUUUUUUUUGUUUAGUUUAGGUGUUGUUUUCCUUUUUUCCCUUUUUAGUAGCUUUCCUCUCACUAGGAGAAGUGCAAUUAAAGGGAUGUGAUGAUUACUACUUUUGGAGUUGGAUCUCAGCAUGCAAAUCCCAAGUUGGUUUUUAUAUGUUAAUUAAUUCUAUGGUUCAAUCUAUGAAUGGAAAAAAAAUUAUGACAAGA